AUGCCAAAACCAGGCGAUCAACAUAAUCAAACAUAUCCAAAAAAAUUUCCAACAUUUUACAAUAUACCAGGACAUGAAAGCAUAACAGAAUACACAGAAAAAGAAACAGCUAUAGUACAAUCGUUAUUAGACCGUCAAUUGGGCCCAGAAUAUAUUUCAUAUCGUCCAGGAGUCAAUGGAUCAAAAGUAUAUUAUCUUGAAGGAUGGAAAGUAAUUAAUUUAGCAAACGAGAUAUUUGGGUUCAAUGGAUGGUCUUCUAGUAUACAAAAUAUUCAAGUAGAUUACAUUGAAGAAUUUAAAGAUUCAGGACGUCUGAAUUUAGGAGUGUCAGUUAUUGUACGCGUAACAUUAAAAAAUGGAAUCUAUCAUGAAGAUAUUGGGUAUGGAUGCGUCGAAAAUUUCAAGGGAAAAGGUGCAGCAUUUGAAAAAGCAAAAAAAGAAGGAACAACAGAUGCAUUAAAAAGAGCAUUACGGACUUUUGGGAAUGUUUUAGGAAAUUGUCUUUACGAUAAGACUUACUUGAAAGAAAUUGGGAAAGUACAUGUAACAGAGAGUAAAUUUAAUAUCUCUGAACUUUACCGCCAUCCAAGCGCUUUAAAUCACAUACCUCCUAAUAACCCUCCAAAACCGAACGGACAAAAGGAACCCUCAAACUUAAUCCAGAAUAAUCAAUGUACGACAUUGAAGAAUAUCCCCGCAUCAAUGAAAGAAUCAGAUUUUUAUCAAUAUGGCGACGAUUUUGAUGAUAUUGAUUUCCAAGAAAUGGAUAAACCUAUAGAACUUGAAUUCUCUCAUCAAUCAGAAUUCGAUAUUGAAGAUACCUUUUCAAAUUUUUCUCAUUCAGACAUAGUUGAAGAAAACGCUCAUAUUGCAGAAGACAUGUCUGUUCUACCUGCAUGUCCCCCCCAAAAUGAAUCAUUUAAAGAAAAUUCUUUACCAAACAUUUCACACAACCCUACAAAUCAGCCUCAAAAGAAAGAGUUAGAAAAUGGGAUUAAACAUGAUAACUCUUUAAAUAAAAAUUCAGCAAAUAAUAUUGAAAAUCCAGCUAACUUUCAACAAAAUCAAACUAAAGAAACUCCCACGACUCAUCCAGCAAAUCAACAAAUUCAUUUGCAAAAUGAAGAACAUCCUCCAGACUAUGUUCCAAUGUUUGUAAAUACACGAUCAGCAUUUAUGAAUGGCAAAGGGACUGCAGACGUUUCUUCAAGCAUAGCUUUCAAUCCACAUACUGAUAGUCCUUCUUUAAGGAAAACACCGGGAUUAGAUCAUACAAAAUCAACACCAAUACGACGACAAAAUGGCUUAGGAAGUACUGUGCCACAUCCAACAGCUAAUCAAACUAAACGAACACCUGGAACACGGCUUGUUGGCGCACCACCAACAAAUACAAAACAUUAUCACCCUGAUCCUUUUCAAUUGUCUGGAGCCAAACGCCUUGCAAACAACGAUAACAUCAAACGAAACUCAUCCUAUAUUUUAAACGAAAUGUCCAAUCGUGUCUUAAAUCAACAAGAACAAGAAUCCUUUCAAAAAACAAAUGAUAAAAAAGAAAUUCAUAAUUACGAUACAAAUAUUUCUACUACUGCAAAGAGAUAUAAAGCUUGA